UGCCACCAUGCUGGCCUCAGGGCUGCUUCUGGUGGCGUUGCUGGCCUGCCUGACCAUAAUGGUCUUGAUGUCUGUCUGGAGGCAGAAGAAACUCUGGGGGAAGCUUCCUCCGGGACCCACUCCAUUGCCCUUCAUCGGAAACUACCUGCAGCUGAAUACACAACAGAUGUACAACUCUCUCAUGAAGAUCAGCGAGCGAUAUGGCCCGGUCUUCACGGUCCACCUGGGGCCCCGGCGCAUCGUGGUGCUGUGUGGACACGAGGCGGUGAAGGAGGCUCUGGUGGACCAGGCUGAGGAGUUCAGCGGGCGAGGCGAGCAGGCCACCUUCGACUAUCUCUUCAAAGGCUAUGGCGUGGCAUUCAGCAACGGGGAGCGAGCCAAGCAGCUCCGGCGCUUCUCCAUCACCACACUGCGGGACUUUGGAGUGGGCAAGCGAGGCAUUGAGGAGCGCAUCCAGGAGGAGGCCGGCUUCCUCAUCGAGGCCCUCCGGGGCACACGCGGUGCCUUCAUCGAUCCCACCUUCUUCCUGAGCCGAACAGUGUCCAACGUCAUCAGCUCCAUUGUCUUUGGGGACCGCUUUGACUAUGAGGACGAAGAGUUCCUCUCACUGCUGCGUAUGAUGCUGGGAAGCUUCCAGUUCACAGCUACCUCUAUGGGGCAGCUCUAUGAGAUGUUUUCCUCAGUGAUGAAGCACCUGCCAGGGCCACAGCAACAGGCAUUUAAGGAGCUGCAGGGUCUGGAGGAAUUCAUAGCCAAGAAGGUGGACCAGAACCAGCGCACCCUGGACCCCAACUCCCCAAGGGACUUCAUCGACUCCUUCCUCAUCCGCAUGCAGGAGGAGCAGAACAACCCCAACACGGAGUUCCACAUGAAGAACCUGGUGAUGACCACACUGAAUCUCUUCUUUGCGGGCACUGAGACUGUCAGCACAACCCUGCGGUACGGCUUCCUGCUGCUCAUGAAGCACCCAGAGGUGGAGGCCAAGGUCCAUGAGGAGAUUGACCGGGUGGUUGGCACGAACCGUCAGCCCAAGUUUGAGGACAAGGCCAAGAUGCCCUACACAGAGGCGGUGAUCCACGAGAUCCAAAGAUUUGGGGACAUGAUCCCCAUGGGCCUGGCCCGCAGAGUCACCAAGGACACCAAGUUUCGAGAGUUCCUCCUCCCCAAGGGCACUGACGUGUUCCCUAUGCUGGGCUCCGUGCUGAGAGACCCCAAGUUCUUCUCCAACCCCCGAGACUUCUACCCCCAGCACUUCCUGGAUGAGCACGGGCAGUUUAAGAAGAGUGAUGCUUUUGUGCCCUUCUCCAUUGGAAAGCGGUACUGUUUUGGAGAAGGCCUGGCUAGAAUGGAGCUUUUUCUCUUCCUCACCACCAUCUUGCAGAACUUCCGCUUCAAGUCCCUGCAGCUGCCCCAAGACAUCGACGUGUCCCCCAAGCUCGUGGGCUUUGCCACCAUCCCACGGAAUUACACCAUGAGCUUCCAGACCCGCUGAACAAGGGCUGUGGGAGCGCAGGGCUAAGGGGAAGAACAAGGUGGAGGGAGGAAUCAGGGGUGGGGCUACU